CGGGCUUGAACCAACUCCCACCAAGCGCGCAAAGGUAUAAAUACCCCCCAAGUUGCCGUAUUCUGGGAAGGCAACUCCAGGGCAUUCGAGCACAUUACCACACCCGUAGCACAUUCAAUACCUCUGAGCUACACGCUGCUGUUUUUCCUCUCAAGUGUCUUAAUUUAUUCUUCAAAAUCGGGAAUUUUUUUGCCAGUCUCUACAUUUUACUCGUCACAUUUAGACCCACACCAUGCAGAUUCGUCAGCUCAUUACCCUCCUAGGCCUCAGCCUUUCACAAACACGGCCGGGGGCCGCCGCCCCUACAUCCCCCGAGUCGAUCAAGUCGCUUGUCCUGGAUAUUACCGAGCCGCAUGUACCAGUGAAAGGAUCCACCACGUCCUCAAAAUUCAAUGAUGCGAUUCACAUAGAUUUGCAUGCUGGUCCUACGAAGGCUAUCAAGAACUACGACCGUAUAUUCGAACCAUCUAAGGGGAAAAAAGUAGAGGAAUUUGCGGAUAGCCGUGCUGCAUACGACGACACUCUCCGUGACGAGAACCUCAAGAACUAUCCCGCUAAGAUGGAGCGCCGAUUGGAAUUGUAUCGAAAUGAUAUGUUCUCCCGCAUGAUGGAUGCGAAACUCACCGACGAGGAAGUGAAAACAAUCCAUAGUGGUGUAAAGGAAACGUUGGAACAAAAUAUUAACUCCAGAACCGAGGAUUUCAUGUGGGACAAUAAACACUUUGCCGCUGGAAAAUCUGUGAAGGCUCAAGUUAAACUUGAAUAUAUGACAAGGGAGAAGAUCGUUGAAGAAUUGGCCAAUACCAACCUUCCCGACAUUUCUACCCCCCGCCCCUUGACUGGCGAAGCCUUGAAGGGAUUUCGCCAAUUUAUGAAAAGCCAUGAGACGGCGCUUCUCAAUCCCAAUGGCCCAAAACUUGUCGGCCCCACACCUGUAAUCCGUUGAAAGAUUUAGUACUUUCUACUCUCAGUUUCAUUCCUGCUUGUUGCAUAGAGUCUUUUUUUCUCGCACUUCCUUUCUAAAAUGCUUUUCACUCAGUUUUUCUCAUCAUAUAAACACGCAUUUUCUUUGAGAAAAUUUCAGUAAACUUGAGGAAAAAAGAGUCAUCUAGCUGAGUUCCUGUCAUGAAUGUUUGUUCCCUUCUUCCCCCUUAUCCCACAAAAAAAAUUCCCCUCCUCCUACUAUUGAUUUACGGUAUGGGAAGUCUUGACUCAUUAGAAUUCCCAUGUGUCAUGAGCCAAAUGAGAUGUUUUUUGCAAAGGAAAGAGAUGACUUGCAAUCAAUAGGUUUUCAGGUAUCCUCAUGAUCAUGGAAAAUUUGACAGUUACUUAAGAGCCGCUUCAAUAUA